AUGCAAUUAACUGAAUUAAUCAAUCCAACAAGGUCAUCAUUACCUUCAAUUCCAACAACUUCAAAAAUACAACAAAAUACCUUAAAUUUACCUACUUAUACUUCAAUAUAUUCAAAACAAUCACAAUCACAAUCACAAUCAUAUUCACAACCAAAACAAGAACAAUCAAUAGUUGAACCUUUAAAAAAGAUAAGUUUACCACCAAUUAGUGAUAUAUUAGCUCAACAACAACAAACAACACAAGAUCAAUUACCUUCUGUAUCUCAUUUACCACAACAAUCAUCAUAUCAAUCAUCAAUACAAUCAAAUAGUUCAACACCUUCAUCAAUUUCUUCAAAUUCUCAACAAUCUUAUUUUACAUUUAAUGCUCCAGGUAAUAGAUCACCAAAUUCAAAUAGUUAUACUACAACUACUACCACGAACAAUUCAUCAUCAUCACCUUCUUCAUUAGUAUCACCAAAUAUUUCAUCACCAUCUACUCAAAUACCUUAUUAUACUCAACAAAUUCCACAAUAUAACUCAGUACCACCACCACAACCUCAACAACAACAAUAUCAACCACCAAUACAGCAACAUCUUCAUCAAUAUACAUCUCAAUAUUCCCCACCACCACCACCACCUCAUUUUACAAAUCAAAUCCAACAACCAUCAAUGAUAAGAUCAAAUUCAUAUCCAGAAAGAUUAAAUAAUAAUAACUACAACCAACACCAUCUCCCUCAACAACCAUUAAAAAUAAUAGAUCAAACAAGAAAUAGAAAAACAAGAAAUAAUUUACCAAAAGAAAUUACAUAUAUUUUAUUAAGAUGGUUAAAUGAUCAUUUAAAUCAUCCUUAUCCUAACAGUUUUGAAAAAAAUCAAUUAAUGUUAACUACUGGAUUAAAUCAACAACAAUUAAGUAAUUGGUUUAUUAAUGCAAGAAGAAGAAAAAUUAAAAGUUUAAAAGAACAAAAAAGAAUGAAUUUGAUUUGA